CACACACACACACACACACACACACACAUUUUACAGGUACAUAGUGGCUGCUUUUCAACCUCACCAAAUGGAGCGGCGUAUCGUUCUGCUGGGGAAGACCGGAUCGGGAAAGAGCGCUGUUGGAAACACCAUCCUCAAAGGCAGAUAUUUUGAAGUGAGAUCUUCUCCUUCAUCUGUGACAAAACAAUGUCAAAAGAAAACCAUCAAUCACAUCACAGUUGUCGAUACACCCGGAUUAUUUGACACAUCACUGACCGAAGAUCAUUUAAAGAGAGAAAUAGAACAGUGCAUAAAUAUGUCACUCCCUGGUCCUCAUGUGUUCCUGCUGGUCAUCAGUCUGGGCAGGUUUACAGAGGAAGAUAGAAAUGCUGUGGAAUGGAUUCAGCAUAAAUUUGGAGAAAGGGUCUCUGACUACACCGUCGUCCUGUUCACCCACACUGAGCAGCUCGGAGGCAGAGCGAUAGAGACAUUCAUCUCAGAAAGUGAAGAACUGAAACAACUAGUUAUCAGCUGUGGAACUCGAUAUCACGUCUUUAACAACAACGACUCUGAUCCCUCUCAGGUUAAACACCUGAUGCAGAUGAUAGAAAAAGAAGUCAUUAGGAUGAAUGGUGGAAAGUGCUACACUAGUGAGAUGUAUGAGGAGGCUCAGAGAAAGAAAAACAGGGACGAUUUAUUUAAAAUAGAAAUGGAGCGGCGUAUCGUUCUGCUGGGGAAGACCGGAUCGGGAAAGAGCGCUGUUGGAAACACCAUCCUCAAAGGCAGAUAUUUUGAAGUGAAAUCUUCUCCCUCAUCUGUGACAAAACAAUGUCAAAAGAAAACCGUCGAUCACAUCACAGUUGUCGAUACACCCGGAUUAUUUGACACAUCACUAACUGAAGAUCAGGUAAAGAGAGAAAUAGAGCGGUGCAUAGAUAUGUCACUUCCUGGUCCUCACGUGUUCCUGCUGGUCAUCAGUGUGGGCAGGUUUACAGAGGAAGAGAACAACGCGGUGAAAUGGAUCCAACAGAACUUUGGAGAAAAGGCCUCUGACUACACCGUCGUCCUGUUCACCCGCGCAGAUCAGCUCGGAGGCAGAGCGAUACAGGAAUUUAUCACGGAAAGUAAAGAACUCAAUCAAGUUCUCAACACAUGUGGAAAUCGAUACCACACUGUUAACAACAACAACCGCACUUCAUCCCACGUCUGCGACCUGAUGCAGAAGAUAGAGGAUAUGCUAACAAAAAAUGGGGAACAGCACUACACUAGUGAGAUGUAUGAAGAGGCUCAGAGAAACAUGCGGCCAAAUGUAUUUCAGAGAGCUGCAUCAGCAGGCGUAGGUCUGGUUUCAGCAGCAAAACAAGCUGUACUAAGAUUGGUUGGGUAUUGACUAUUUGGUAUUGACAUUUGUCUAAAGUAAUGUUAAGCAAAUCAUUUCUUUUUGCAUAUCUGAAAAUACGAAAUAAGUGGACUAAUGGAAGUACU